AUGUGGGUCGAUGAAGAGAAGCAGCAGCAGCAGCAGCAGCACCGCAGCAGCAGCAGCAGCAAUAACAGCAAAGUUGUGCUGCCUGGAGAGCCGCUGCAUCUAGGGGAGGGUUUCCUCCUAGGGUUAAACACUUAUGUAGAAAAUGGAGUGGCGAGGUCCUCCGUCUGCGGCGUCGUACAGACCGUAAAUCGUCUAGUGUACGUCCGGGCAUUAAAAAGCCGCUAUGAGGCGAACGUCGGAGAUGUGGUGGUUGGCAGAGUUACAGAUAUAGCCAAUGGCAAGGUUAUUUGUGGACUUAUUUUCUCAUAUUAA